ACACACGGUCGGGGCGCCUGGAGAAGGGCGGCUGGUCACGCGCCACGCAGGGUCUGGGCCCCUGCACGAUCUGCAGGCGAGCUCGGGGACGGGGCCCACCCACCCCACCUCUCGAUCGCAGGCCGCACAGAAGCUUCCGCCUCCUUCCUGGCCCCCCUCCGGACCUCCCCGGGGAGGCUCGGCGGGUGUGGACUGGACUGAGGUGGAACGAGUUCUGUAGCUCAGACGGCAGCCCCGGUGGUUUCGGGUGUGAGGGCAGGCCCAGCUGGAGAAGGCGAUCAGGGCGGACGAAGCCGGCGCUCCCGGGUCUGGGUGGAUCCUGGUCGGAGCGUAACUCUCAGUAGGGAGUCAGAAAGUCGCUCCCUUGGAGCAGUUCGUCCCAGAGGGUUUCCUCGAAAGUACUGAGAGGGAGCAUUUGUUGACCCAGGGAAUCUCUCUGUUUAGCCCCGGAAGCCACCCGCUGAAAAAGAUGCCUGGCUUCAACAGAUUGUUUCCCCUGGCUUCCCUCCUGCUCAUUUUGUGGGCUGGCGUCUGCUCCCCUGUGUGUGUGGAAGUACCCUCGGAGACGGAGGCGGUUCAGGGCAAUCCCAUGAAGCUGCGCUGCAUCUCCUGCAUGAAGAGGGAGGACGUUGAGGCCACCACGGUGGUGGAAUGGUUCUACAGGCCCGAGGGCGGUAAAGAUUUCCUUAUCUAUGAGUAUCGGAACGGCCACCAGGAGGUGGAGAGCCCCUUCCAGGGACGCCUGCAGUGGAAUGGGAGCAAAGACUUGCAGGACGUGUCCAUCACUGUGCUCAAUGUCACCCUGAACGACUCCGGCCUCUACACCUGCAACGUGUCCCGGGAGUUUGAGUUUGAGGCACAUCGCCCCUUCGUGAAGACCACCCGGCUGAUCCCCCUCCGUGUCACCGAGGAGGCUGGAGAAGACUUCACCUCUGUGGUCUCAGAAAUCAUGAUGUACAUCCUCCUGGUCUUCCUCACUCUGUGGCUGCUCAUCGAGAUGAUAUAUUGCUACAGGAAGGUCUCAAAGGCCGAAGAGGCAGCCCAAGAAAAUGCGUCUGACUACCUGGCGAUCCCAUCGGAGAACAAAGAGAACUCUGCGGUACCAGUGGAGGAAUAGGAGGGGGCAACCGGAGGUGGCCUGAACACUGAAGCGCUGGCUACCCCAUGUUCAGUGAUGUCAACAGCGUCAGGAGGGUGCCCCAGGGGCCACAUCACUUCCCUUCACACGUCCAUCCUUCAGUUCAUUCAUCAUACAUCCACUCACCUCUGAACUGUCACCUCUGACUUGCUAACUCCAUCAGACCUCCACACACAAGACUUUGCGAGAACCAAGGAGCCAACAUUUCUACACGACUCAAACCUCAGCCUGCCCUUGCUGUCAAGCAAGCAGCUCCCAUGCCAACUGGACCCCCCCCACCCUGUGCUCCACCCGGCUUUGAACACGUGCUGGAGCCGCUGAUUCUCCAUUGCCGCAAGUGAAUGGAGGGCUUAACGGAAGGAAGCUGGAGUGAUUAGUCUGGGUUAAAGCAAAAGAGUGUCAUGAAGUGGGAUUCCUUGAAGUCAGUUUUUCUAAGUUCCUGGUCCACUUGGCUGGAGCAUCAGAGCAAAGCAUGCGCUUCUAGGCCCUCCAGUGAUAGAAAGGUCAUUAAGCAUGGACUAAAAUGUUCUCUGGACUAUGGUGCUCCAGGGCUAGAUCCCAAGAGGUCUCAAAGGCCUGGGUUAGUGUCAGUACUUCAAGAAGCCGAGAGCAGGGGACUUGGGAAGUCAUACAACAUGUUCAUGAUCUUCCUGGGGCAACGUGUGUGCCUUGCCAGGUGAACGCACCGCCGGAGAUGGCGGGGUGGCAUUGUUUUCCUGUGGGCACUGGGACUGCGAUUCCUAAGUUCUUCCUCUCAAAAUUUCUGUGGGUCAGUAUUAUUACUCAUACGGGAGGCAACGGAGACUCAAGACAGGACUCCACUGAUAAGAGACUUCAAAGGAUAAACUGGGGCAGAUAGAAGCCUAAGGCGCGGUCCAGUUUACACUUCCCGAGAUGGGAUAAUUUUGUCCUUGAAAAGACUUUGAAAUUGAGUUUGGCACAGAACUCGGUGGAUUGCCUGGAUGAGGUUAGCUCUGAUUCAGGCCAUUAGAAAUUGGCCAAAAAGGCAGAGAGAAGGAUGGGAGGUAGAUUUGAAGAAUUUCUUUAGUGAAAAGGUUUGUGAAUCUGAGACGUCUUCCAGAAGGGGAACGCAUCCGGGAAUGGCCUUUAACUAAGACACAUGUUUUUAGCCUGAGAUAGAUGAUGGCAAAUGAGUGAUGUGACAGAGGAGGGACAGGCUAGGUGGCUUCCAAAUAUUUCACCUGUGAAUUCAUAAUGUCCAAGGUUUUUUUUGUUUUUUGUUUUCCCCUAGAUGUUAGGAGAGCAGAUGAACACUGGAAACAUUUUAGUCGAUAUCUCAUGUUUCACUUUGAGUAACUGGUGUUAAGUGCGAUGUCCUUCUGCACCCUGUGAUGAGAGGGGGAAGGAUGCUUGAUGGGAUGUGAGAAGAUGAAAGUGACUGGGAUUCGAUGAACAAGAUGUCCCUCAGAUCCAGGGGCAUCUAUGGGGAAAGAUCCCACUCUCUUGGCUUUGGGCCUCACCUGACAAACUCAGUUCAUCUCUGCCAUCCCUGGGAAAGCACUCGAAUUAGUCCUUGUUUACAUAUUUGAGAGUCUGAUUUUAUCGAAGAAAAUACUUUCAAUAAAUUCAAGGCCUUUCUCUUUGGUAAUUUCCCACACAAUCCCUCUGAAAUAGGAGACAGAAUAUAGAUUUUCCUUACUUUCCUGUGAGGAAAACGGGCCUGGAUUACUGUGAGGUUUUCCCAGUCACGUGGAUGGCGGAUGACAAGCCUGCCGCAGAAACUCCUUUCUACCCCUCCACUUCCCUCUUGCGUCAGUAGACCACGCAUCUAACUUGUGAUCUAGAAUGCACGUUUUCUUUUCCUUUUUAAAAGCCCAACUCAGAUAUCUCCUGGGUGAUUUUUAAUGAAGCUGAAUGGUACCUCUCUUUUUUUCUUAUCCUUUACAAGUAAUCUUCUCUAGUCUUUUCCUCCUCCUAACUUCUCAACUCUUCUCAUCUUUAAUGCUUUCUUUAUUAAGCUAUAUGAUUUACCAAGCAUUUUAAUUAUCUUAUUUCUUCUCCACAACUAGCUCUGUGAGGUGGAUAUUGCUAAUACGUUAACAAAUGAAGAAACACGCUGUCUGAGGCUAAGAAGCUUUACCACAUCAUAAGUUCAUAUAGUGGGUA